CAUGCACGCGACCUAAACGCUUUCCUUUUCGAAACAGCCCACCAAGUCACGUUAUCUACGCGUAACAUAUUACAGCAAGGACGCGCGCGCCUCUCUCGCGCACCGGGCCGCGCAGCGCGAGUUAUUUGUAUUCGUCGUUCACUCACUGCCCCCUAGCGGCGUCCCGGGCGACGGACACACAGAGGCGAAGCGGCGCCUUUCUCAGGUGUCUCGCGUGUUGUUGUGUGGUAAAUAGAUAGCUCGUACUCACUGCUGCUCAGAUGGGAGCUCGCUCGCGGAGCGGUGACGCACUUUCGCAUAGAAGUGAUAACGUCCUUACACCUGCAUGAUGAGGUUCACGGCAUGCCUAGACUGGAAUCAGUAUGAGUGAAUUAUUCAUUGCGUUUUGGAGCGUUUAAUUACGUUCUAACGCCUUUCUUUUCCCAGCAUGCAGCAGGAGCUUUGGCUGAGGGCUCUUCUCGAUACCUGCGUGUGCAAUGAGAUCGGCCGCUGCACAAACACUCCCGAUUAGACCGUCCGAACAAGAGCUCAAAAAUGCCUUAUCCAACAGCGUCGCAGGACACAACCACGUCUCCGGCUCCGGCAGACCAGCCGCGGCGCAGUCCAGAACAAAGGCGUCCACGGACGCACUUAAUUGUAGUUCUUUGCAUCAUCAUGGCAAUACUCGAGAAAAUGCAGAUACAUGCGAUACUGCCGAGGGCCCCUGGAACCUGAACAACCCGGUGAAAGCCUCAAGGAGCCAUCAGGAGCUUCACAAAGAGCUGUUACUGGCCCACAAAAAUUUUCAGUCACGUGACCGGUUCGAAGACCUGGAGGGCAAAACAUCCAUAGAACUGCAGCAAAAGCCUGUCAGUUGUCCAUCUGUUUCACAGACGCAAAAAUUUAGAUCAUCUGUCAAAACAAUAAAAGAAAGAGGGCUGGUGGUGUGCUGCAAGCCGGAGCUUCAGAUGGUUCUGGAGAAGAGGAAGAGAGAGCAGACCCAGAGAGAAGAGGGAGAGCAGAGCAGGAGUCCUCUGGAGCAGGUGCUGCUCGAACGCCAGCACAAACAUCAGGAGAUGAUGAAGGAGAAGGAGGAGGAGCAGAGGCAACAUGAGGAGGUCCAGCUCUUGGAGUUCGUCAGAGUCAGACAGAACCUGAAGAAAGUCCACACAGCUCUACAGAAAAACCUUCACUCCUGAACCCCGCCUGCACCAGUCUGACGAAAGACAAGCUUUAUUUGCAAAUACACAGCGUUUCAUUAUAUUACUUAUUUUGUUAUUGACCUUUUUCGCAACCUUUGACAGUUCACAAAUUCAGUUUUCUGUAGCCUAAAAGUGACAUAAUGUUAAAAAACAUGCCUACGGUAAUCUUAAAAUACCAUUAGCUGUUAUUAUAUUUUGUUAUUUUGCUGUAGACCCCUAGCGCUCUAAGACUAUACAAUAUCUGCUGAAAUUGUUAGUGGUGCUGCCCAGCUUUAUUGUAGAACCUGAAAGGUCAUUAAAUAAUAAAUAAAAACAGCACAAUUCUGCCAUGGCACUUGUUCAGCUAGUACAUGGCUGUCCUAUCCAUGUUUUUGAUUUAGCUAUUAUUAGUAGUUAAUAUUAACGAGGUGAAGAGCUAAUGCGGUGAAUUUUUGUAAUAGAUGUUAAAGUGUUUAUAAUGCCAGUGUUGUAAGUUUUCUCCUAUUUUGAAAAGCCUAUUGAGUUAAAUAAACAUGGAUUUGAUUG